AUGGACCCCACCAUGGAGCUGGCUGAGGACCCCAGGUUCCCCCGCCCGCUGGUGGAGAUGCUGAUCAGGAAUUUCAGCGUGCCCACAGCCUGCUUCUCCCUACCUCCCACCUCCCGGCAGCUGCUGCAGCAGCUGGACACAACCCAACUCACUAUCAUGGGCCUCGCCACCAUCAUGACUCUGCUGUCGGUUGCCAUCUUUGUGGAAGAGGCUUUCUACCUCACCCGCAAGAUCCGCUGCCCCAUCAAGAUGAAGACCCUCCGCUGGAGCAGCUCGGCCCCCACGGUCGUGUCUGUGGUCAGCUGCUUCGGGCUGUGGAUCCCGCGCUCCAUGAUGGUGGUGGAGAUGGCUACCACGUCGUACUUCGCCAUCUGCUUCCACCUCAUGAUGCUGGUCAUGGUGGAGGGCUUUGGGGGAAAGGAGGCGGUGCUCAGCACCCUGAAGGAUGUGCCCAUGGUGCUCAGCACUGGGCCCUGCUGCUGCUGCUGCCCCUGCCUGCCCCGAAUUACCAUGAGCAGGAGAAAGCUUCAACUGCUGCUGCUGGGCACUCUCCAGUACACCUUCUGCAGGGUGGUCGCUGUCUUCCUGGGGCUGGUCCUGGCCACCGACGGCAACUACAACCCCCCACAGAUCUCGGCAGAGAGCGUGGCCCUCUGGAUCAACACCGUGGCCGGCGCCUCCACCGUCUUCGGGCUGUGGGCUCUGGGCAUCCUCUUCCGGCAGGCCCGGCUGCACCUCACCGAGCAGAACAUUAAGGCCAAGUUCUCCUGCUUCCAGAGCGUGGCCCUCUGGAUCAACACCGUGGCCGGCGCCUCCACCGUCUUCGGGCUGUGGGCUCUGGGCAUCCUCUUCCGGCAGGCCCGGCUGCACCUCACCGAGCAGAACAUUAAGGCCAAGUUCUCCUGCUUCCAGAUCCUGGCCAACAACGGCAGCAUUGCCUGCUCGCCACCCUUCUCCUCCAAGGCCAGGUCGCAGCAGAUGAACAUGCAGCUGUUGAUCCCACAAACCUUCAUCUUGGCAGUGGUGACGCGGACAUUCUACCGCAAGCAGGACAACAAGCCGGGCUACCAGCCUGUCAGCUUUGCACCCGCAGGUGACAACAUCGAGGAAUGA